CUAAAUGACAGCUAAAAUCUACUCAUUCACAUCGAUACAUACAUAAACACAACACCAUUGUAAGUCAACACUUUCUCUAUAUAUACUACUCCCAUCCCCUGCCUUCUUCCCCUACAUUUCCUUCUCCCUCCGUCACUCCCAUUCUCAAACCUCUCUCUCUCUCUCUCUACAUUCAUCCUUCUCUUUCGAAAAAAAUGGCGGGAGGUGGUUUCGGCCCCGGCCCCGGCGACGGCAAGCAAUACCCCGGCAACCUAACGCCGUACGUGGUGGUGACCUGCAUCAUCGCCGCCAUGGGCGGCCUCAUAUUCGGCUACGACAUCGGAAUCUCAGGUGGGGUGACGUCGAUGGACUCGUUCCUGAAGAAAUUCUUCCCGUCGGUGUACAGGAAGCAGAAGGCGGACGACUCCACCAACCAGUACUGCAAAUUCGACAGCCAAACGCUCACCAUGUUCACCUCCUCCCUCUAUUUGGCUGCUCUCUGUUCCUCGCUGGUCGCGUCCACCGUCACCAGGAAGCUCGGGAGGAAGCUCUCCAUGCUGUGCGGCGGCAUCCUCUUCUGCGUCGGCGCCUUGAUCAACGGCUUCGCUCAGGCCGUCUGGAUGCUCAUCGUCGGCCGGAUUUUCCUCGGCUUCGGAAUCGGAUUCGCCAAUCAGUCUGUGCCACUAUACCUAUCCGAGAUGGCUCCUUACAAAUUCAGAGGAGCACUCAACAUUGGGUUCCAACUAUCCAUCACAAUAGGCAUCCUGGCGGCCAAUGUGUUGAACUACGGGUUCGCGAAGAUCAAGGGCGGGUGGGGAUGGCGGCUGAGCCUGGGCGGCGCGAUGGUGCCGGCGCUGAUCAUCACGGUGGGGUCCCUGAUCCUCCCGGAGACCCCGAACUCGAUGAUCGAGCGCGGGCAGACCGAGAAGGCCCGGUCGAAGCUGAAGAGGAUCCGCGGCAUCGACAACGUGGAGGAGGAGUUCAACGACCUAGUCGCCGCCAGCGACGCCUCCAGCAAAGUGGAGCACCCGUGGCGGAACAUCCUCCAGCGCAAGUACCGGCCGCAGCUCACCAUGGCCAUCGCCAUCCCCUUCUUCCAGCAGCUCACCGGCAUCAACGUCAUCAUGUUCUACGCCCCCGUGCUCUUCAAGACCAUCGGCUUCGGCAGCGACGCCGCGCUCAUGUCCGCCGUCAUCACCGGCGGUGUCAACGUGCUGGCCACCGUCGUCUCCAUUUACUACGUGGAUAAGCUGGGGAGGAGGUUCCUGUUCAUCGAGGGCGGCAUCCAGAUGCUCAUCUGCCAGGUCUGCGUCGCCAUCUUCAUCGGGAUCAAGUUCGGCACCGACGGGCAGGCCGGGGAUUUGCCCAGGUGGUACGCCAUCGUGGUGGUGCUCUUCAUAUGCAUCUACGUGGCCGGGUUCGCGUGGUCGUGGGGCCCGCUGGGGUGGCUCGUGCCGAGUGAGAUCUUCCCGCUGGAGAUCCGGUCGGCGGCUCAGAGCCUCAACGUCUCCGUCAACAUGGUGUUCACCUUCGCGGUGGCGCAGAUCUUCAUGACCAUGCUCUGCCACCUCAAGUUCGGCCUCUUCCUCUUCUUCGCCUUCUUCGUUGUGGUCAUGACCGUCUUCAUCUUCUUCUUCCUGCCGGAGACGAAGAACAUUCCGAUCGAGGAGAUGGUGGUUGUGUGGAAGCAGCAUUGGUUCUGGUCGAGGUUUAUGAGUGAUGCUGAUUAUGGUAAUGCUAAUGGAGGGGUUGAGUUGAAGAAGGGGGAUAACUAUCACAAAGUAUGAUUAGUAUUUUACUUUGCUUUUUUACCAACGAAUUAAAUAGUAAUCAUUUCAAAGGCAAUGCCAAAGUUGUGCAUCACUUAGAGAUUUCUUUUCACUACUAGAAGAUGUGUUGUUGAUGUAAUGUAUGGUCCAAAGUAUUCAUGAAUUGAAUUGGUGUUGGCUAA